GCCCUGGUCCUCCGCAGCCUCCGCCCGGCGGCGUCUGUGUGCACUCGGCCAGGCCAGCCCGCCGCCGCCGCCUCGCCUGUGCCCCCGCCCUGCCGCCCCUUCUCCGCCCAGCGGCCGCCUCUGUGGUGGAAGCAGCCCGAACGAGACCACUCAAGGUGAAGGAUAUCUACUAAUACCAGCACUUUGAAUGAAAAUUUGUUUCUCUGCCACAAACUGAACUCUUGUUUGUGUCGGGGGGUGGGGAGUUGAAACACAAACCUAAUUUUGUGGCAUAGCAGCUAUGCAGCUUGAAAUCCAAGUAGCACUAAAUUUUAUGAUUUCAUAUCUGUGCAAUAAGCUUCCCAGGAGACGUGUCAACAUUUUUGGUGAAGAGCUUGAAAGACUUCUUAAGAAGAAAUAUGAAGGGCACUGGUAUCCUGAAAAGCCAUACAAAGGAUCAGGGUUUAGAUGUAUACACAUAGGGGAGAAAGUGGACCCAGUGAUUGAACAAGCAUCCAAAGAUGGUUUGGACAUUGAUGAUGUUCGUGGCAAUCUGCCACAGGAUCUUAGUGUUUGGAUUGACCCAUUUGAGGUUUCCUGCCAAAUUGGUGAAAAGGGACCAGUGAAGGUGCUUUAUGUGGAUGAUAAUAAUGAAAAUGGUUGUGAGUUGGAUAAGGAGAUCAAUAACAGCUUUAACCCAGAGGCCCAGGUUUUAAUGCCCAUAAGUGACCCAGCCUCAUCAGUGUCCAGCUCUCCAUCGCCUCCCUUUGGUCACUCUGCUGCUGUAAGCCCUGCCUUCUUGCCCGGGUCUACUCAGCCUUUAACCUUUACCACUGCCACUUUUGCUGCCACCAAGUUCGGCUCUACCAAAAUGAAGAAUAGUGGCCGAAGCAACAAGGUUGCACGUACUUCUCCUAUCAACCUCGGCUUGAAUGUGAAUGGCCUCUUGAAGCAGAAAGCCAUCUGUUCCUCAGUGCACUCUCUGUAUGGGCUUGGCCUGGGUAGCCAGCAGCCACCACAGCAACAGCAGCAGCCAUCCCAGCCACCACCUCCACCGCCACCACCACAGCAGCAGCAACAGCAAAAAACCUCUGCUCUUUCUCCUAAUGGCAAGGAAUUUAUUUUUCCUAAUAUGCAGGGUCAAGGUAGUAAUACCAAUGGAAUGUUCCCAGGUGACAGCCCCCUUAACCUCAGUCCUCUCCAGUACAGUAAUGCCUUUGAUGUGUUUGAGGCCUAUGGAGGCCUCAACGAGAAGUCUUUUGUAGAUGGCUUAAAUUUUAGCUUAAAUAGCAUGCAGUAUUCUAACCAGCAAUUCCAGCCUGUUAUGGCUAACUAAAAAAAGAAAAAAUGUAUCUUACAAGUUAAAAUGCUCGGGCCCAAGGAGGAUUUUUUUUUUAUAACCUCCUUGAGAUCUUUUUUUUUUAAAGCUUAUAGUAAGGAUACAUUCAAGCUUGGUUACAAAAAUAAAACAUGCAUCAUUUUUCAUUGCCAACCAAGCACAAAGUUAUUUUAUACUGACUGUAUAUUUUAAAGUAUACUCUCAGAUAUGGCCUCUUACGGUAUUUAAGAUAUAGCAAGGACCUGGCUGAUUUUUUUUUAUAAAAAAUUGGCACUAAUAAGUGGGUUUAUUGGUCUUUUCUAAUUGUAUAAUUUAAUUUAGUACAAAGUUUGUAAAAUAUCAGAGGAUAUGUAUAUAUUGUUUCUACGACAUGGUAUUGCAUUUAUAUCUUUUUACUACAGUGAUCUGUGACAGCAGCAGCUUCAUGUUGUAUUUUUUUUACUGAAAUUGUAAAAUAUCCAUCUUAAAGACAUCAACUAUUCUAAAAAUUGUGUACAGGAUAUUCCUUUAGUGGUGGAAUUAAAAUGUAUGAAUAUUUGCUUUUUCAAAAAAAAUGUAUUUUCUGUUAAAGGUUUAAAGAUUUUUGCUAUAUAUUAUGGAAGAAAAUGUAAUCGUAAAUAUUAAUUUUGUACCUAUAUUGUGCAAUACUUGAAAAAAACGGUAUAAAAGUAUUUUGAGUCAGUGUCUUAUAUGUUAAGAGGGACUGAAAUAGUUUAUAUUAAGUUUGUAUUAAAAUUCUUUAAAAAAAUUGAAUUGAAUUAAAGAAUUAAAUAGAAUUCUUGAACUAGAGAAAUUCGAUACUAGCCAAUUAAUGCCUGAACCUAAACAUAUCCCAGUGCUACUAAUGCACCAAUACAAGAAGCAGCUGAACCCUUCUACAUAAACCAUUAACAACUACAUCAAAGCUAUAAUUCAAAAAAAAAAGAAGAAAAGAAAGAAUUCUUGUCAAGCCCAGAUCUUUGGAUUCCAGACAUGAUUUUAUUCUCCAGUACAUUGGUACAGAAUGAUUCUUUUAUCUAUUGUCUUUUUUCAAACUGGUUCUGGGACUUCAAAACCGCACCCCUCUGAUAUUAAUUCUACUAGCACCCUUGGAGUCAUUGGUAAGUUUGAACCUGGGACGAUACCUUGUUUUU